AUGUUACGUGAGAGGAGCUCGAUCAUCAUGGCAGUCGACGUCCCCGGACUGAUAUCUGUGAUAGUUUUUUAUAUUUGCAUCCUGGUAAUCGGCGUCUGGGGAUCUCGAAAAUCCAAGAAAGUGGAGAAGACAUGCCCUGGUAGCAAGAGCGAGGUUUCUAUGGUUGGUGGUCGCAACAUCAGUGUCCUGGUCGGGAUUUUCACCAUGACAGCUACUUGGGUUGGUGGAGGUUAUGUUAUGGGAACUGCCGAGGCUGUUUAUUCUCCCACUCAAGGUCUCAUCUGGGCAAUGGGGCCUCCUGCCUAUGCUCUCAAUUUCCUUUUAGGUGGAUUGUUUUUUGCCAAACCUAUGAGGUCAAAGCGUUAUGUCACCAUGUUGGACCCAUUUCAGUGUCGCUAUGGCAACAUAUUCACUGCAAUACUCAUGGUUCCUGCUUUGGUCAGUGACAUAUUAUGGGUUGCCUGCAUCCUUGCUGCUCUGGGAGGAACGAUGAGCAUCAUUCUCGGACUUUCGUCUGCUCUGUCGAUCGUGAUCUCAGCAGCGGUCUCCAUCAUCUACACAUUCCUGGGGGGCCUCUACUCAGUUGCAUAUACUGAUAUUAUCCAGCUUUGUUUUAUCUUUGUCAGCCUGUGGCUCUGCAUUCCUUUUUUGGUACUCAGUCCUGCAGUUACUGGCAUCCCACAAACACCUUCCUUCAAUCAGACGCAUGGACACUCGUGGGUCGGAAACUUGGAGCUGGGAGAUGCAGGAAAAUGGGUCGAUGAAAUGCUUUUACUGGCUUUAGGGGGACUUUCAUAUCAAGCUCUAUACCAAAGGAUCCUCUCUGCAGCCUCUUCCGCUCAGGCCCAGAUCACCUGCUUUGCUUCUGCCGGGACAGUUUUCAUCAUGGGAAUCCCUUCAGUUGUCGUUGGAGUCAUGGCUGCCUCUGCAGACUGGAACCAGACAGAGUAUGGUCUGCCCCCUCCUUUUGAGCGUGGGGAUGCAGGAAAGAUCUUGCCUCUUGCCCUUCAACACCUCACCCCCACUUGGGUGGCAGUGUUAGGCAUUGGUUCUGUGGCUGCAGCCGUUAUGUCCUCCAUGGACUCUGUGCUGCUGUCCUCAGCAUCCAUGUUUACACAAAACAUAUACAAGACGACUUUAAGGAAGAAGGCCUCGGAGAGGGAGCUGCAGUGGGUGAUCCGUAUCAGCGUGCUGCUGGUGGGCGUGGCCGGGACCGGAUUGGCCUUUGGCGACGACAGUGUGCUGGCUCUCUGGCUUGUAAGCGGGGACCUCAUCUACUGUAUUAUCUUUCCUCAGCUGGUCUGCGUGCUGCACUACACUUAUGCAAAUACGUACGGGGCUGUUAGCGGCUUCGUCGUAGCCUCUCUGCUGCGGCUGCUGAGCGGGGAGCCUUUACUUGGCAUUGCUCCCCUUCUCCUGUACCCCGGUUGGAGGCAGGAAAAUGGAGUAAUCAGACAAUAUUUUCCUUUUAGGACUUUGGUCAUGAUUUGCUCUAUUAUGACUAUUAUUUUUCUGUCCUGGUUCGUGGACUUCAUCUUCUCUCGUCAACUGAUUCCGCAGUCCUGGGAUUUUCUUGGGGUUUUUAAAGAGAAAAAGCAGACAGAGGAAGAAGACACGCCUGAACCUUCUGAUAACUGUGCCCUAAAUACAAAGUUCUAAGCGGAAUCUCGCUGCAACUCAGGAGUAUACCGAAACAUGCACAACUUUGAAACUUUUUCUUUACUUUUUAGUUUUUAAGUUAUUUUUAGAGGCAGCUACAUUACUGUGGUGUACCUAAAAAAAACAAAAAAAAAAAUACAGUCACAUAAAACCUGACGAUUCCAACAUAGAGUUUAUUUUGUUUUUUUUCUUUUGGUCCAAACCCUUUUAAUCACAGGGAGCUCAAUUUUGUUCUGUGUUUCUAUUUCUAGCUUCUGAAAUCUUUUAUAGGGAAGUUAAACUUAACUCAGCUGAUGUGUCACCGUGAGUCUUUUGUUUGUAUUUUUACAAUUCACUAGUUAUGCAGCUGAAGAAAAAGUUUUUAUAUGCUCAGAGGUGUAAGAAUUUAGAGGUGAAUUGAAUAUCAGAGAGGUUUCCUGAUAGUUAAAAAGACACUAUUUUAUUUAUGAAAGAGAUCAUAACUCCAAUACAACUUAAACAGUUUGAACUUGGGGAUUGCAUGAAAUAAAGGAAUAAACAACUUGGAUAAUGGAAUACUAAGCUAAAGAAGUUAAUGGAUAAAGGGAUGUUAACACAAAAGAUUAAUGACAAACUAGGCGUGUGAAUGUAAAGAAAAACACAGAAAUAGUUUUUAAUUAUGAUCACACUUUGAUAAGUUUCUUCAUAUUUUGUUUAAGUGAAGUAAAAUCAAUUAAGAUUUUCUGAUGUCUGCCUCUAAAAAUUUCUCAUAUUUUCAUUUUUUAAGUUUUUAUACAUUUUCAGAGCUAAGCAAGGAAAGGAAUCAGGUCACAGAAAAGUUUAAAGUUUAAAUAAAAGAAUACGUUUGAAAUCAUAGUGAAUUGAUUUUCAGAAUACAUAUGCUUACAAAAACUUAAGCUAAAAAAUAUUUAGGAAAAUCUUUAUAAGUGUGAAAAUAGAGAAAAUAUUUCGUAUUUCUAUUUUAUCUUACGAUUUCCAUCUGAGCUGUUCACAUUCCAUACUGAGAUUUGGUUUUUUAAUGUCGUUUUUUUCUCACUCAACUGUAAUACCUCCGAUAAAGCAGCAGAGGGCGCCACUUUAUCGAUAAAACGAUGUUGAAAGCUGCAUUUUUAGACUUUGAGAAAAACAAUGUUAUUUCUAUUUUUUUUUUUUCCACCAAUGAUUCUCGGACAGAAAUUUUGUCCAAGUCGUAUUUGCAAUAAGAUUCUGUUUUGCUUUUUGCACUCGGCCAGUCACUCCUCAAAGUAGUUACGUUUCAGGACACUGAGAAGCACAGCCUCGCACUUUGAAAAAUUUAAAAAACAUGCGAACAAGUUACUUCAGCCGGAUAUCUCUCUCUCUCUUUCUCUCUCCCUCUCUCUUCUCUCUCUCCCUCUCUCUCUCUCUCUUUCUCUCGCUAUUAUGACAUUCAUAUUAUGUGUCGCUAU